GCGAGGCCCCUCGCCAGAUCGGCGCGCAACUUAUAUACCUCGUCGAGCUUUUUUAUUUUUAUAUCUGCCUAUUUUUGGUUUUUAGACAAAAGCGCAGAAUCAAUCCGCCAUCAUGCCUCCCAAGAAGCCCGAUCCCCCGAAGAAGAAGACCAAGGCCACGGUCGAGGACAAGACCUUUGGCAUGAAAAACAAAAAAGGUGGUUCCGCCAAGAAACAGAUCGCUCAACUACAGGCCCAAGCGCAGUCCAACAAGACUGCCGAAGCGAAGAAGAAGGAAGCCGAGAAGGCUCGUCGUGAGGCUGAGAAGAAGGCUUCCGAGCAGGCCAAGAAGGAGGCUCUGGAGCUGUUCAAGCCCGUCCAGGUUCAGAAGGUUCCUUUCGGUGUUGAUCCUAAGACGGUUCUUUGUGUUUUCUUCAAGCAGGGCAACUGUGAAAAGGGCCGCAAGUGCAAGUUCAGUCAUGACCCCAACGUGGAGCGCAAGGCGGCCAAGAAGGAUCUGUACACCGACUCUAGAGAUGUGAAGGCGGCGGAGGAAGAGGCUAAGAAGAAGGAUACGAUUGAUGACUGGGACGAGGAGAAGCUUCGCAAGGUCAUUCUCAGCAAGCACGGCAACCCGAGAACCACUACGGAUAAGGUCUGCAAGUACUUCAUUGAGGCGGUUGAGAACCAGAAGUACGGUUGGUUCUGGACUUGUCCCAAUGGAGGUGACAAGUGCAUGUAUAAGCACAGUCUGCCACCUGGUUUCGUUCUGAAGACGAAGGAGCAGAAGGCGGCUGAGAAGGCCCUCAUGGACAAGUCGCCGCUGAACACCCUGACCCUCGAAGACUGGCUCGAAAGUGAACGACACAAGCUGACUGGCAACCUGACCCCUGUCACCCCGGAGACGUUCGCCAAAUGGAAGAAGGAGCGUCUGGACAAGAAGGCGGCCGAGGAGCAAGCCCAGAAGGCCAAGGAAACCACUGGACGUACGCUAUUCGAGAGUGGCAACUGGCGUGCGGAGGAUGAGAGCGAGAGCGAGGAUGAGGACGAUGGAGUGUGGAACCUGGAAGCCAUGCGGCGCGAGACGGAGAAGAUCCGCGAGAGGAAGGAAGAAGAACGCCUGGCGAUCUUGCACGGCAACCCCGUGCCGAUCUCGAACGAGGAAACGAUUGCACAGGAAGGUGAAGGCUGAGCUUUGGGCGAUCCCCAAGUCCGCAAGAAAACUUGGGCAAAUGGUUGCGGACCUCCCACACUGGAAACGGUGUCCCGGGCCGUUGUCCGGGCCCGGGAUGUUG